CGUGUCACCGCCGAUCAUCCAUCCCUGGAUGCGAGACCAAUGGCGUCCAGGCCCCGAACCCAUAUAAUGCGUGGGGAUGCCCCGAGCCCCGGCAUGUCGUUUCCUGAACCCAUUGAUCGAUCUGGACCUGGCCAACAAUCCGGGUUCAAUCGUGAGGUUCAAUCUUUCGUGAGUUGCAGACAGUAACAGGCAGGUUGCCUACCACCGGGCCACCAUGAAAACAACACAGGCUCACGUCCUGCUCGCGGGUCUCAUCCCCUCGGUGGCAGCACAAUCCUGCCCCGACUACUCCGACUACUCCAAGUCCCGCCACGAACCCUUCUCCUCGGGCAAGCAUGCCCUCUCCUCCAUGCGCCCGGCAGCCGCCUGCCGCACCUUCAACUCGUCCACCGUCGAGACCCUCCUCGCCAACAUGACCGAGACCAUCUCGGACCCGGACCUCUACCGCCUCUUCGAGAACACCUACCCCAACACCCUCGACACCACCGUCCGCUGGCGCGGCCACGCCGCCGACAACCCGGACGAGGAGCUCGCCUUCGUCAUCACCGGCGACAUCGACGCCAUGUGGCUGCGCGACAGCGCCAACCAGCUGCAAUCCUACCUCCCCCUGCUCGAGCCGGACGCCGCCCCCGACGACCCAACCUCCAUCGCCAGCCUCUACCGCGGCGUCAUCAACCUGCAAGCCCGCCAAAUCCUGACCGCCCCCUUCUGCAACGCCUUCCAACCCCCGCCCGAAAGCGGCAUCCCGCCCGCCCCCAACCCCGCCGCCGACACCGACACCGUCCACCCGCCCUACCCCGCAGACUCCGUAUUCGAAUGCAAAUACGAGCUCGACAGCCUGGCCUCCUUCCUGCAGCUCAGCGCGUCCUACUACGAAGCGACCCACGACGCCGCCUUCUUCGGGUCCUUCUCCUGGCUCUCCGCCCUCCAAACCCUCCUCACCACCGCCCGCUCCAUGACCGCGCCCACCUACUCCCCUUCCGGCGAGGUCCUCCCACCCGUAUACACAUUCACCCGCCUCACCACGCGCGCGACGGAAACGCUCCUCAACGACGGCGCGGGCGCCCCCGUCCGCCGCACGGGCAUGGUGCGCAGCGCGUUCCGCCCCAGCGACGACGCGACCACGUACCCGUUCCUGGUGCCGGCGAAUAUGCUGUUUGCGCGGGCGCUGGCGGGGGCGGGGUUGAUUGUGGCGGAGCUGGAGGCCGAUGGGAAAGCCCCCGAGGGGUUGGCGGAGGAGAUGGCGGGGUUUUCGGCGGAUGUGAGGGCGGCGGUGACGAGGUACGGGGUUGUGCAUUUGCCGGUUUUGGGCGGGGGUGGGAAUGGGACGGUGGAGACGGAGACGGUGUAUGCGUAUGAGGUGGAUGGGUACGGGUCGGCGGCGGUGAUGGAUGAUGCGAAUGUGCCGUCGUUGUUGGCGGCGCCCGUGUUUGGGUAUUUGGCGAAUGUGGACCCGGUGUAUCAGCGUACGCGGAAGAGGUUGCUGACCGCGGAGGGGAAUCCGUAUUUUAUGGCGGGCAAGGUGAUUAAUGCGAUUGGGGGACCGCAUGCCGGGCCUGGGAUGGCGUGGCCGAUGGCGAGUGUGGUGAGGAUUCUGACGUCGGAGGAUGAUGAGGAGAUCGAGGCGGUGCUGAGGGAGUUGGUGGCGUCGACCGAUGGGCUGGGCUUGAUGCAUGAGAGCAUCAACUCGAAUGAUGCGAGCAAGUGGACGCGGGAGUGGUUCUCGUGGGCCAACGGCCUGUUUGGCCAGAUGAUCCUCGAUCUGCGCUUCCGGAAACCGCACAUCCUCCAGAAGAGCUUCCAAUGAGCGUUGUAAAGCCACGAAUGGUCAAUAUCACAAAACACUUCCAAGGCUCACGACUCAAAACUGUUGCUGACACGCCAUCCUGGCGCUGUUGAUUCCAAGUCUAUCUCAUGAGUGCCCAAGCUCUAAUAACAUCUAUGCGAUGCGGCACCUGUGUCUAGGUACGAACGGAUGCAUGCGUCCGUAGUCAUCAUUUCCGAGCCUAGUUCCCAAGUCCGGUUGCAUACCAGCAACGAG